AUGAUGAAGCUCUCCGUUCUCUUCUUCCUCUCUGGCUCCGCCGCGGCCCACUUCCACGAUGGGCCACCACCGCCGCCGCCUCCUCCUCCAAUGUCUCCUAUGCAUAAAUUAGCGCUCCAAAAGAUGGAAGAGGUGUGUCAGACAGAUGCGGAAAUCUUCUGCCGUCCUCCUCGCGAAACCAGGGAAGAUCCUGUCUUGAACUGGCUCUUCUCCCCUCCUGAGCGCCUCGCUCCUCCUCCCAUUGUCCACCCUGCCGCAAUUGGAAACCCCAUGCAUCCCAUGGAUCCUUUGCACCCAAUGAAUCUUGGACCUCUCCUCGAUAGCAUGAUGGAUACGGCGAUUCGUCUCCCCACUUUGGUGCAGCCGGAAGAGCCAGUGUUUAUUAUGUUUAUUGAUGAUUCCAACGCUGGUAACGAGGAACGUCCAGAGGACUUGGCUUUGGAAUCGAUGAUUACCAAAUUGAUCCAGCAUGACAACCAUGUCAACAACAUGAUUAACAGCAUGGUCCAUCUGACCCUUGAAGCGCCUGAAGCAGAGCAACAAGAACAGCCCGAGGUCCAUGAUUUGACCCACCAUAUCCGCCUCAAGGGCCAAUCUGUUCUCGAGCAGGCUGAACAGGAGCCCGUUCCUGAGGAUCGUGUUCGUAUGGCUCGUCGCUUGACGGAGGUAACACCAGAAGAAAUGAUGGCUCGUAUUAUGCAGGGAAGGACCGUCCCUGCCGCCCAACCAACACACGACGAACGUAAGAGCCACAUGUGCCCCCACAAGCACAAGUGCCUCAUGACGGCGCAUGAACAAAACAAGGUGACACCUGCAUGUGGUGAUGCGUUGGUGCGCCUGGAGCGUGUCCGUACAUUGGAAAUGAAGCAACACGAGGAAAUGUACUUGUACAUGAAUUUCUUCUGGCUUUAUUCCAUUUUGUUCUUUUCUCUGUUUGUCAUGAUUCUGUUCCGCAAAUUCAAGUCUGGCAAAGGACUCUUCCUCCUCCGACUUCGUGUCCUCCAGGCGGUGUACAGUAACCCCGAAAUUAAAGCCAAGGUCGAAGACGAAGUCGGUGCUCCGCUUGGCAGUGUCCCACCUCUUAAUGACGUUGCCUUGAAGCUUUUGAGCACGGACGGCCGCAAGCAAUGCCGACGUAAACGCGAACGGUUCUUUUGGAUGCUGAACCUCCUUUUGGUAUUCUUCACGUUGGAUGCCUUUGGACUUCUCCCCGAAGAAUGGCCCCUGUUCGUCAUGGGAGGAUGCUGCUUGUUCAUGGCUUGCCGCAUCGUCACCAUGUGCUGCAGCAAGCCCGAAGUGAGAGAAUGCAAGUGCUGCUGCUGUGGUGGAUCCACCCUUGACAUUGAGAACGGAACUGUCAGUAAUGCCCAGGCUUGCUGCAAGUGUUGCAAGGGUUCUGGUGUUUGUGCUGUGAAGUGCCAAACUUGCUGUGGAACUGCUGAUAACAAGAAGAGUGGUACUGGUAGCUGCUGUGGAGGCAAGUGCAAAUGUGCCAAGGACCAUGGCUGCAAUGGAAGCUGUGGCUGCUGCGGUGGCAAGGAUUUGGAAGCCGCUCUCUAUGUCAAGCUUGAGGAUGACUGCAAGUGCUGCUGCUGUGGUGGAUCCAACAUGGAUGUCGUGAAUGGAACUAUGAGUGAUGCCCAGGCCUGCUGCACUUGCUGCAAGGGAACCGGCAAAUGCUCUGCCAAGUGCAAGACAUGCUGUGGAAAUGGUGGCAAGAAGGAUGGUGCUGGUAGCUGCUGUGGAGGGAAGUGCAAGUGUGCCAAGGACCAUGGCUGCAAUGGAAGCUGUGACUGCUGUGGUGGCAAGGAUAUGGAAGCAGCUCUCUUUGGCAAGCUUGGGGAUGACUGCAAGUGCUGCUGCUGUGGUGGGUCCAACGUGGAUGUCGUGAAUGGAACUAUGAGUGCUGCUCAGGCCUGCUGCACUUGCUGCAAGGGAACCGGCAAAUGCUCUGCCAAGUGCAAGACAUGCUGUGGAAAUGGUGGCAAGAAGGAUGGCGCUGGUAGCUGCUGUGGAGGAAAGUGCAAGUGUGCCAAGGACCAUGGCUGCAAUGGAAGCUGUGACUGCUGUGGACACAAGAAGGAAACCGGCGACGCCGAGAUUGUUGUCUUCCAAGGAAUUCCCAUCCAGAUUGUGUAGGCAGUACAACUUGGUAUUUUUCAUUUUCGUUUGCAUUCUAAAGAAAGGAUAAGGAGAAUCGUAUUCUUCCAAGAUAAUAUACUAAAAAAGGUUUAUGUUUG